GCACUGCCGGCCCUGGCAGUGCGCAUCAUGUCUGGGGUGGAAGACCUGGUGGCGUCUAGCGGCCAGCUAGCCUGGUCCCUGGCCCAGCAGAGCCUGAAGAGGUGGUACCAGCGGGGGGUCGUGGUCCCUUGCCGACAGCUGAUGGACGCCUGGCUCCAGGUCGGAGGAUGCUACCAGAUGACGGAAGGCCGCCUGUGCCAGAUCCACCUGCUGGACGACAGGAACCUGGAGCUGCUGGUACAGCCCAAGCUCCUGUCCCGCGAGCUUCUAGAUUUGGUGUCUUCACAUUUUAACCUCAAAGAAAAGGAGUACUUUGGGUUAAGCUUCAUCGACGACACUGGUCAGAACAACUGGCUGCAGUUUGAACGUAGAGUCCUUGACCAUGACUUUAACAAGAAGAGUGGCCCUUUGGAACUGCGCUUCCUGGUCAGAUUGUACAUCGAGAAGAUUACAUUCUUGAAAGACAAUACAACGGUGGAGCUAUUCUAUCUGAAUGCAAAAUCUGCUGUGUGUAAUGAAACCAUUGAAGUGGAGAGCGAACACGUUUUCAAAUUAGCGGCAUUGGCGUUGCAAGAAGCCAAAGGAGAACACACAAGCUCUGAGACCGCCAGGGAAGACCUGAAGCAGCUCACCCUCCUGCCCACCAGAGUCCUGAGGGAACACCCGUCGCUGACCUACUGCGAGGACCGAGUUAUUGAACAUUACAAGAAACUGCAAGGAGUGAGCAGAGGAGGGGCCAUUGUUCAGUAUCUGGCCCUGGUGGAGUCCCUGCCGACGUAUGGAGUCCAUUACUACCCUGUGAAGGACAAGCAGGGGAUACCCUGGUGGCUCGGGGUCAGCUACAAAGGCAUCGGCCAGUUCGACUUACAGGACAAAUUAAAACCCCGAAAAUUAUUUCAGUGGAAGCAGCUGGAGAACCUGUAUUUUCGUGAGAAGAAGUUUGCAGUGGAAGUGAAUGACCCUCACAGGCGCACAGUGACGAAGCGCACCUUCGGCCAGGCAGGGCUGGUCAUCCACACCUGGUAUGCCAGCCACUCUCUGAUCAAGACUAUCUGGGGGAUGGCUAUAAGUCAGCACCAGUUCUACCUGGACAGGAAACAGAGCAAAGCAAAGCUUACGGCCACAAGAAGUUCAGGAGACAUCGCCAUGGACCUGACGGAGAUCUCUGUACCGAGAAUCAGGAAAAUGACCAGCACCGAGACGCGGGACCAGCUCAUCAUGGCCAGCAACGGCAGCCUGAUAUCAGCCGGUUCAGUCGACUCUGAGAUUAUCGAGGAACGGAAGAAAGAGAAGAUUUCUGAUCUGAAAAAGAAGGAGAAGGAUCUGGAAGACAAGCUGGCCAAGAAGAUGGAGGAGCUGAAGAAUGUCUGCAUGAGAGAAGCCGAGCUCACGGGACAGCUGCCCAAGGAAUACCCUCUGGGGGCCGGGGAGAAAGCCCCACCCAUAAGGAGACGCGUGGGGACGGCCUUCCAGCUGGAGGACCCUUCCCUCUACGACAAGGACCCGCACCUGAGGAACCUGGAGAGCCGCUUCGAGCUGCAGCAGAAGUUCGUGGAGGCCUCCAUGAAGCUGGCCAGCGAGGAAGACCUGGCCAAGACGGUGAAGAAGAAGCGGAAGAACAACUACCUGGACGCCAUGAGGAUGCUGCAGAACAUGGAGGACGAGAUCAACGCCUACCGCAAGACGAUGGGCCAGAAGCCUACCCAGAGGGCCUCGCUGAUUAUGGCUGAAGAUUCCAACCCUUCAGAGCUCAGCUCGCUGUCGGACAGCCUCACUCUGGACGACGAUGAUGAGCUGGGGUCCCAGAGGCUGCGCUCCAGGUCAGUGCAGUAUUCCCCCCGGCCGCACCACGCAGACACCCUGGACAUCCACUACGGCCAGGACCGCCGGGCCUCGGAACAGCCCCUAGACAACAGAUUGAGGUACGGCCAGCUCCAGGAGCCACUCCUCUACACUAACCACGGGGCCUUAUCAGGCCACAGCAGCCCCUACAGACCCCCUCCCCGCCAGCCCCGGGAUGCCCGCAGCAUGCCCCCCACCCCCGUCCUGCCCCGCAACGCCUUCAGCAGCACCCAGCUCAGGUCUGACGACGGCCCGCAGCAUUUCCGCCAGCGCAGCGGCAGCCUGGAGUCCCAGUCCAACUACCCGCCCGAGCCGGAGCCCCCCAUGCCGGCCUUCGGCCAGCCCGGCCCCCGCCGCAGCACCAGCACCGACCCGCUGGACGACGGCUCCUCCUACACCAGCCAGUCCAGCGCCGAGCACAGCGGCCCCCACCACCACAGCUCCCGGGCCCCCGCGCGCCAGCGCGUCCGCGGCCGCCGCAAGGAGCUCUACGCCAACACGGGCAGCAUGCCCAACCUGGCCCAGCACCACGCGCAGCCGGAGGCCCGCGCCCCGGCCUACCAGCCCCGCCCACGGCCCACCACCACCGCCUACUACGUCACGGGCUACCCCAGCUACCCCGAGCCCGAGCCCUACUACAACAACGGAGGCUACGCGUACGACAGCAACGAGAUGGAGGGCCACUACAGCGUCAACCCCUCCCCCCAUCAGCCCCACCACGCCUACGGACGCUAUGGCGACGAGCUGGACGGCGGCAUGGCGUCCGUCUCCAACCUCUACGCCACGCUGCGGCCCUCCAGGUCUCGGCCGUCGAUGGCUCCGCCCCCACUCCAGCAGCACCAUCCUCAGCACCAUCCUCAGCAGCUGCAGCAACACCAUCAGCUGCAGCAACACCAUCAGCUGCAGCAACACCAUCCGCAGCAGCAACACCAUCCGCAGCAGCUGCAGCAGCACAACUAUCAACAGCAGCAGCAGCACCACUAUCAGCAGCAGCAGCAGCCCUAUCAGCAGCAGCCGCCCCAGAAGACGGUGCACAAGGCCCUGGUGGCGGAGCACCUGAGGGGCUGGUACCAGCGCAACACGGGCGUCAAACAGCCGGAAUACGACUGCGAGUACGACCGGGGCUCCCAGCAGAGCCUGGGCUACCAGACCAUGCCGGCCCCCUACGCAAGGUCCUACUCGACAGCGUCGUGCGCAGGGAACUGGCAGGGCAACAUGGGCGGUAGCAUGGGCCAGUACGACGUGCACGCCCACCAGGCCUAUUCCUGCAGCACCACCACCGCACACUACAGCCAGCCCACGCACAGCAGAUACAGCCCCCUGGGGUUUGAGUGGAGACGGAGGGAUAUGGCCAGGUACCCUGCAGGGCCAAUAGAGAUGUGUGGUUCUGUUGCCUACGAUACUGAUACUGCCCCCCAAAACCCUCCUAGCCCCAUUUCCCACAUCCUACAUAGAUAAUCAGAGGCACAGCAGCAGAUAAAGGGUGAGGCUAUUAAAAAUAACCCCACAUGAACACAGUGGUGAUGGUGGUGUGGAAGAGAGGCCAAUCGCUUUAAAAACAUUACAAAAAAAGAUGGACUGCCAUUUCAAUUUGGUCUGGUUUCCCGCCUACUUCAUCGCAGGCGUUUUUGAUUUGGUUUGGUUUUGGGUGUGUUGUGAUUGUGGUGGUGGUGGUGGUGGUUUUGGAGCACCAGUGUGAAAGCGAGGGGAAAUGUGAGCCUGCUGAACGCAUUUCUGCUGUUCAAACACUUAUGUUUGGACGGAUGAAGUCUGUGUGUGCAUCCGCUCUGCUGUGAUUCAGAAUGAUUUGACACUGGGUCUCCGCUGGUCCACAGAACACGAGCUACAUCGAUUCUAAUCAACCAAUCCUCUGAGAGCUAAAGGUCAAAAGGUCUCCCUAGGCCCCAAACACACGUACCGUCCCUCCGUGUCCAACACGCGUCGUGUUCCCACCACCCAGUGUUAAUUCAUUCUGUCAUGUGUCUAUAACCAGGGCCUUCCCUGAUGUCCAUCACCGUGUGGUACGGUAGACUGCCUUUGAACCCUGUGUGUGUGCGUGUGUGUUCCAGGUCCUACAUAGACGUCCACCAGCUGGACGCCCACGCGGGCAGCCCGCUGGGCAGCCCCGCGGACCCAGAGGACCACCUGCAGUGGCACGAGACCUCCGGCAAGCCAGGGACCAUCGUCUAGAGUCAGCGCUGGGAACUCUCACACACUUUACGCUGCUGUGCCUUAGACCACACUUACCGGUUUUUCUGGAUAAGAGCGACCCAAAGAAUUUCAAGGAAAUACUUUUUCUGAACCUAAGGACAAGAAGACGAGCGAGGAAAACACCGUCCCGGGUCUUGGUGCGUGCACAACAAAAAACACAAACGAACAAAAGCAGCCACCACUGGCUGUCGCAGUGCGAUCCCCGGGCCCUGGGGAUGUCUGGAGGUCAAUGGCCCUGUAGUUCACAGAGGCCUCGUCCGGGCUGGCCCUCCCUCCUGGGACUUUGUGAAACAGUGAACGCAACUGGAGAAGGCGGGCUCUGCACUUCCCCAAACUAAAUCCAGACGUUUUUUUUCUUUCUUUGUGUGUGUGUGUUGUGUAUAUAGAUAGAUUAAGGACGAGGAACCAUCCCUUUAAAGUUGGAUUUACAGAGCCUCUACAAUGAACAACUACAACCAUGACAUGUCGUCCAACGUCUCUGCCUCUCGCACAGACAGUAUGGCCCAAUCCCAAUGUCCGGACUCACAGACUUUAUUGCGCGUUCUCGCGAAAUUAUUAAGGCUUUAGGGCUGUCCCAAUGUCGAAUUCCAAAGGGCCGGAGGGUUUGAGUCCACACUUACCGAGCCCUUUCCGUGAGUCCACAUCAGUGCAGACUUCACCUAAGCAGCAACAUCUUAGUCAUUAAACGUUGUCAAGGUAACGCGUGCUCUCGUGAAGUGCUGUCCCAAUCACAUGUAUACCUAUCUGAGGCCCUGUGGCCUCACACACUCGCUCACUUGGCACCUGAGAUCAAUGAAGUCCGUGAGUCCUUAGUCCUCAGGGCUCACUUUGGGAUUGGGCCAAUGAAGGAUCAAUGCAGGGGCUGGCAGGGGGCUAUUUUGAAAUGAAGGAUUCAAGGGAUAUAUUGACAGUGGAAGACCCCUCAGCCCGCGAGCCUGUAGCCUAUGCACUGCUGUGUGUACUAGUGUGACUUUGCACGGUUUUAGAUCCAUUUACAAAAGUAUUCUCGCCUUUCUCAGUAUCAACAAUAUAAUAUAACCCAGUCCUGCCAAAUACCAUCUUGGAUUUAAAUAUUACUGGUGCUUUUUUUUUGUCUCAGCGGAAACUCUGGACUGUAGUAAAAUAUGAAAUGAAAAAAGGCACCAAUUUAGAUGAUUUGUUUUUCUAACAAGCUUGUAUCCAUGCUGGAAUCCAUGGACCAGUGUUUUUUCUAUAAAGCUGUAUGUACAUGUUGGUAUUGUAAAUACAUUGUUUUUGUUUCAUAGCCUGUUUAAAAAAAACAUGUAAUAUAUAGUAAACAAUCAAUUUUUUAAGCUGGAUCUUAGUAAUUUUUAUAAUUACAUUGUUGAUUUGUUUGAAUAAAAAAAGUCUAAGUCAAAUCAUGAA